AAGCCAUAAACUAACAACAAUGAGUACUGCUGGUCAGGUCAUUCGCUGCAAAGCUGCGGUUGCAUGGGAAGCUGGAAAACCGUUGGUAAUUGAAGAAGUGGAUGUGGCACCUCCACAGAAACAUGAAGUUCGCCUCAAGAUUCUCUUCACCUCAUUGUGCCACACUGAUGUUUACUUCUGGGAAGCUAAGGGGCAAACACCUCUGUUUCCUCGAAUUUUCGGACAUGAAGCUGGAGGAAUUGUGGAGAGUGUAGGUGAAGGUGUUACAGAUCUCCAACCAGGAGAUCAUGUUCUUCCAGUGUUCACCGGAGAAUGCCAGCAAUGCCGUCACUGUAAAUCAUCCGAAAGCAACAUGUGUGAACUCCUACGAAUAAAUACAGACAGAGGAGUUAUGAUUAGUGAUGGUCAAACAAGAUUUUCCAAGGAUGGGAAGCCGAUAUACCAUUUUGUUGGAACUUCCACUUUUAGUGAAUACACCGUUGCUCAUUCUGGUUGCGUCACCAAGAUUGAUCCACAGGCACCACUUGACAAAGUUUGCGUCCUGAGUUGUGGAAUCUCAACAGGACUUGGUGCAACUCUGAAUGUUGCCAAACCUACUAGAGGUUCUACUGUGGCUAUUUUUGGUUUGGGAGCUGUUGGCCUUGCUGCUGCUGAAGGAGCUAGGCUAGCUGGGGCUUCUAGGAUCAUUGGCAUUGAUUUGAAUCCCAGCAGAUUCAAUGAUGCCAAGAAAUUCGGUGUCACAGAGUUUGUGAAUCCAAAAGAUCAUGAUAAGCCUGUCCAGGAGGUAAUCGCUGAGAUGACCGAUGGAGGUGCUGACCGGAGUGUAGAGUGUACUGGAAAUGUCAAUGCUAUGAUCUCCGCUUUUGAAUGUGUUCAUGAUGGUUGGGGUGUGGCUGUGCUUGUUGGCGUGCCAAACAAAGACGAUGCAUUCAAAACUCAUCCCAUGAAUCUGUUGAAUGAGAGGACACUCAAGGGCACCUUCUUUGGCAACUACAAACCCAAAACUGACCUUCCAUCUGUGGUGGCCAAGUACAUGAAUAAGGAACUAGAGCUGGAGAAGUUUAUCACCCAUCAAGUACCAUUUUCAGAGAUAAACAAAGCAUUUGACAUUAUGCUGAAAGGGGAAGGCCUGCGUUGUAUGAUCACUAUGGGACAUUGAAAUAUGCUAAAUAGGGAGAAUAGGACAAUAUAUUAUCCCCUAUUACCUAGUAAAAAUUAUGUUAAGUAGAGUUUGAAGGCAAAGUAUAUGUGUUCUAAAAGGCCCGAGUUUGCUUAACAUAUUAUGUAAUAAACUACUGAUAUUUGCAUGU